AUGUGUUGCGAAACACCAUCGACAAUUCUUCCUCACCCGCGCCUCCAUUCAUUUAUUUACUCAAACAGGCGUGAAUUUACACGUUCUUUCUCUCUAUCUCUCUUCGUCCCUCUAUCUCUUCCCUUCAAUCUGUCAUUCUCUCUCUCUCUCUCUCUCUCUCUCUAUCUAUCUAUCUAUCUAUCUAUCUAUCCUUCACACACUCUCUCUCUCUCUUUCUCUCCCCAUCAAUCUCUGAAUCUCCAAUCUUUCUCGUUGUCUGUCUCUCUUUCAGUUUCUCUCUUUCACUCCAUAAUUCUCUCUUUCUUUCAGUCUCUCUCUACUUCCAUUAAACCCUCUCUCGCCAGUUCCUUUCUAUCUCUCAUUCAAUCUUUCCUCCAUUCUCUUUCUUUCCUCCUCAUUUUUUAUCUCUUUCUUGCGAUUCUGCUCUUUUUUAACCACUCUUACUCUUUCUUUCUCUAUCACUUUCCCUUCUUCUUCUUCUUCUUCUUCUUCUUCUUCUUCUUCUUCUUCUUCUUCAUUUCAUUAACGUUCAAAGAAACACGAGGGUUUGCCUGUUGUAAAAAUGGCAUUCUUUUUUCUUUCUUUUUUACCUGGCUUUUAUUUGGACUUACAAGCGUAAUUGAUAUUGGCGGGAAAAUAUUCAACGCGCCACCACCAGACAAACGCUUUCUGAGGUUAUGGUUUCCUCUUCUUACGUAA